AUGGAAAGUUCUUCCGCGGCGGCGAACGUCUUCAGCUGGAGCGCCACCAUCAGCGCUUGCGCCAAGGGCUCGGAGUGGUCCAAGGCGCUGGGCCUCUUCGCGCUGAUGCCGGAGAAGCGGGUGGCGCCCAACACGGUCACCUACGGCGCAGCCAUCAGCGCCUGCGCCAAGGGCAGCCGCUGGGAGCAAGCGGUGGCCUGGCUGUCGGAGACCCGGCGGCUGAGGGCGCUGGAUGUGCUCAGCUACAGCGCCACCAUCGGCGCCUGCGAGAAGGGCUCGCAGUGGCAGAGGGCCCUGGGCCUCUUCGAGUGCAUGCCGCGCAUGCAGCUGCGGCCCAACCUCUUCAGCUUCGAUGCGGCCAUCAAUGCCAGCCAGAAGGGCCGGCAGUGGCAGCAGGCUCUGGGCUUCUUCACCGCGAUGCCGCGGGCGCAGGUGGCGCCGGAUUUGUACUGCUACAACGCGGUGCUGGCGAGUCUCCACGAGGAAUGGCUGUACAGCCGGGGCAAGCCAACGCCGGGGGAGUUCCUCCGGAGCUUCCAACUGGGGGACUACUUCCGGGUGACCUGA